GGUCUGAAAGGAAAGCUAGAUGAAUUGCUCGAACCGCAUCUAGCUAUUCAUCCGAUCACGUAUCACGACUACCUCACAAAUAAUGUUCGAAAACUCCAAGGCAAUCGUCAUGACCGGGCGUUUGACCGCUUAUCCUUAGCAACCUGUGGGUAUACCUCAAAGCACCCUCCAACUUUGACACCUGUCUCCUUGAUACCACUUCUCCGGACACUCAAGGACGGUACUCGGCCAGACGUGGAAGAGUAUUCUGUCUCGCUUGCUGCUGAUAUCGCUGCAGCUUACUAUAAGUUCGCCCUCAAAAAGUUCAUUGACGACAUCAGCGUAAAGGCUGUUGAGACAUGUCUUGUUCAGCGCCUACCAGGAGUGUUUUCUCCCGACGUGGCAUGGGAUCUGUCGGAUGAGCAGGUUGAGCUUUUGGGUUCCGGAGAUGCUGGCAUCGUCACAAAACAAGCCUAG